AUGAUAACGACUGCCGAGAAGCCCUCCUUCGAUGCCAAAAGAGGUGCAGAGCGCGAGCAGCUUAGAGAUGCACGCGUAUCGGUCAACACGCUUGGAAAGCGAGUAGCUGUUAAAAGACUAAAUCGAAUACUGGAGCUAGUGAGCGGCACCAAUGGCCGGGAUGCCAGUCUACGAGCACCGCUUUGGCGAGCGUAUUCUUUGGCCAAGGCUUCCGACCCAAAACUCCUAGCACGUCUACCAGAUAGAGCAUGGGAUUUACUCUGGAUUACGCAAUCAGUCGAAUCAUUCAACAAUCCGAAUCGCACGGCACACAUGGCACAGCUCUACCGCGACAUGGACAAGGCUGGGAGGUCUACAACGGUCGGGCAGCGGACCAAACAUCUGGAGAGUAUCUUCCUUAGCGGGAAAGAAGAUCAAGCUCUCAGGGAAUGGGAAGAGGAUCACAGAUUGGGACUUGACGGUGUAAGAAUGGAUUACAAGCCGGAGCAUCUGGAGAUUGGGGCUAAACUCCAUGCGCUUGCCAGGAAUGUAGACUACAGCCGGAACAUUAUGGAAGAACUGUUUAGGCUAUACCCAAGUUGGGACACCUCCGUAAUGAUGGCUGUGUUCCGAGCCCAUACGAGUUCCGGUCUCCAUGAGCACCACAAUCUGGCAAAGCAGAUCUAUGCUAGAAUGAAGGAGCUGAAAGGCGAUGCCCGCUCAAUUAAAGACUACGAUGCUUGGCUCGUGGGCUUCUUAGAAACGCGAAAUCUAAGCUACGCGAAACAGGUGUUUCAGGACAUGGUUAAGGAUGGCUACCUGGCUACCAGCGGGACCACAGAACGAGUCAGCCAGGUGCUGAAGAGACUACACAUGCUGUAUCGACUUGGAACCGAUAUUGAGUCAAUGACUAGUAUCGCUCUUGAUGCUAUAUCUGUGCUCCCUCCUGGCUAUCACGGCUAUCUGUUCGGUGACUGGAUGAAAGCCACUGUAGUCAGAAAAACACCACAGGCAGCCGCCCAGAUCAUGGAGAUGAUGCUCAAGCGAGGCUACAAACCGGAAACGUUCCACUUCAAUAUACUUCUCAGAGCUUUGAUACGGACGAGAGAAGAUGCGAACAUCCUGAAAGCUGAAAACAUUGGUUGGCGUAUGAUCGACGCGGCUCGCGAAGCUCACCGACAUAAUCUUACUCCGGAUACAAUGGCAACCAUGAUCGAAAAAAGAACCGCCGAGGCUCAUCACGCAAAUAUCAACGUCACCCAAAGAGCUCCUGUUGCCAAUGUCACGACAUUUGCUUUGAUCAUGCAGCACCACGCCAAUAGCCUACAAUGGGAACAUGUCGACUACUUGUCCCGCCAGCUCAAGGAAACGAAAGUCGAACCCAAUGCAACCAUCAUGAAUGUUCUCAUGAAUAACAAAUGCCGUCAAGGUGCCUACAGCGAAGCAUGGAUGAUCUACAAGACUCUUACUGAGCCACGGGAAGGAAGCGACGGCGUUUUCCCAAACGGUGCAAGCAUACGCUGUCUCUGGAAAACGCUGCGUCUAGCACUUGGUGAUCAUACCGUUCAGAACAAGCUCGAAUUACCUACCCCUCGUGAGCUACUAGCAGAGACGGUAAGCUGGUGGACACUCAGCCGCAGUCGCUACGACGCCGACCGUUUUCGCAUGGGCCUCGCAGGCGCAGAUAGUGGAGCAAUCACGUCACUCAUCAUGCACUGCUUCAGCUACACUCAAGACCUGGCUGGCUCGCUAGUCGCUCUGCACGUCCUUCGCCAUCACUUCCACAUCUUUCCCACCGACGAAUCAGCGCAAAUCUUGCAAAGACAGAUGGCUUGGGUGGACAUGGCACGCGAGUCUGAAGCUGUGCGCAGUCAAUAUUUUCACAGUCGCUCCAACAAGAAGAACACGGAUCGUAUAGCUGCGGUCUACAAUGUUCUACUUCAACGACGAUUGGCGAGAAUGGACCUGAAAGAAGGCGACUAUGAGAAAUUGACGGAUGAACAGAUUGGGGACGUGGGAUUGAAUCUGUUGAGCGAGUUUGUAAGAGUGGUGCUCAAGAGAAGUUAUCCAGCCGAAGUCGUGGAGGCGAUGAUUGAUGCGGCGAGAUGCGCAGUAGGUGUACCCAACCUGCCAACGGGGGACAUGGAUGCAUUUGAAGUGGCUUGA